CCGAGCGUGACAUCACAGGCAGGAAACUACCGCGAGUGUGGUAUGACGCGCCUCCUUUUAUGGAACAUACACAUCGGAGGAUUGCUGUAAUUUAACAAUUUGAAACAUUACAAGUGGGAGUGCUGUACACAUCAUUACUGACAGCCACCGCGAAGAGACUCAUUAUGAACCACCAGCUAUAACUGGGAUCCAAUAACUGUCAUUUGAACCAUGAGCGGGGCAGCUUUAGGAAUCGAAAUUGUGGUUGUUUUUUUCUUGGCGUUGUUCCUGCUUCAUCGAUAUGGGGAUUUUAAGAAGCAGCAUAAGAUGGUGCUCUUUGGCACGCUGUUAGCCUGGUACCUCUGCUUCCUCAUUGUCUUCAUUCUCCCGCUGGAUGUCAGCACGACUAUUUACAAGCAGUGCAAGAUUGAUAAUGAAGAACAUUCUACCUAUUCUGCAGUAACAGUUCAUUCCAAUCAGUCCACAAGAAAUGACAGCAUCACUCCAGCAGGGUUACGCAAAGAGUGUUACAAACCAUGGAGCUACAUUCCAGAUGGUAUCAUGCCCAUAUUUUGGCGUGUGGUCUACUGGACAUCCCAGUGCCUGACCUGGCUCUUGUUACCUUUCAUGCAGUCCUAUGCAAGAUCAGGAGGGUUUUCCAUCACAGGGAAAAUCAAAACUGCCCUGAUUGAGAAUGCAAUCUAUUAUGGGACAUAUCUGCUGAUUUUCGGAUCUCUGUUAAUCUAUGUUGCUAUACACCCAAAUUUGAUUGGGCACCUUGAUUGGUACCAGUUGCAAACAAUUGGGAUCACAGCAGCCAACACCUGGGGUCUGUUCCUCCUGGUGCUGCUGCUGGGCUAUGGGCUGGUGGAAAUUCCACGUUCCUACUGGAAUGCAUCGAGGCGAGGACACUUGCUGAUGAAAACUUACUUCAAGGCAGCUAAACUGAUGACAGAAAAAGCUGAUGCAGAGGAAAGCUUGGAGGAUGCAAUGGAGGAGGUUCGUAAAGUCAGUGAAUGCAUAAAGUACAACCACCCCCUGAGAAAAAACAUUGACACUAUUCUUAAAAAGUGCCCGACCGAGUACCAGGAGAAAAUGGGACGGAACAUGGAUGAUUAUGAAGAUUUUGAUGAGAAACAAAACGUGUAUCCAAGUGAGAAAAGUUUGGUUAAGCUGCAUAAACAGGUGAUUUAUGCAGUGCAGAGGCAUAACCGAACCCGGGUCCAGUGGCAGAUUCUUCUGGAGACAGCCUUCCACUUGGAGGAUGUGGCGAAGAACGAGACCAGCGGCACACACCAGUUUGUCAGGAGCUGCACUCCCCAGGAACCAGAGGGCUUUAUCUCCCGGUAUCUCUACACACCAACAGUAGAGUGGUACUGGGAGUGCCUCUUGCGGCAGUGGUGUUACCGGAUCCUGGCCGUGAUGCUCACGCUAUUUUCUGUUGCGGUGGUUUGGUCUGAGUGUACUUUCUUCAGCACCCAGCCUGUCCUCUCACUCUUCGCAGUCUUCAUUCAGCUGGCUGAGAAGACCUACAACUACCUGUAUAUCGAGAUGGCUUGUUUUCUCACCAUCUUCUUCCUGUGCACCUGCGUUUACUCUACUGUAUUCAGGAUCCGAGUCUUUAACUACUACUACCUGGCUUCACAUCACCAGACAGAUGCCUACAGCCUGCAGUUCAGUGGAAUGUUAUUCUGCCGUUUGACUCCUCCACUGUGUCUGAAUUUCCUGGGACUGAUCCACAUGGAUUCUGCCAUCUCCCACCAGAAUAGAGAGCAGACUGCCUAUACCUCUAUCAUGGGUUCAAUGCGUGUGCUCUCCUUUAUUGCCGAUGGGUUUUACAUCUACUAUCCCAUGCUGAUCGUUCUUCUCUGUAUAGCCACAUACUUCAGUCUAGGAACUCGCUGUUUGAACUUACUGGGGUUCCAGCAAUUCGUGGGGGACAAUGACAUGACUUCAGACCUCAUAGAUGAGGGCAAGGAGCUAAUUCGGAGAGAGAAAAGAAAGCGGCAAAGAGUAGAAGAUGGAGAAAACAGAAGAAGGGAAUGGAAGGAGCGCUAUGGAAAUCAGCGAGAGGACUAUACCCGCAACAGGAAUGUACAAUCGUCUGAAAUGAAAGAGACCAACUACUCAGACACCAACAACAGCACCAGGCAAGCAAUGAAGUACACCCGGUCGAAUAACCGUCCUGAGAGGGACCGGAUUGAGCUGCUACAGGAGGCCGAGCCCAUGGAUUUUAAUGCUGAGACAUUUGCUGAUGACCCCCUUGAUGCUGAAGCUGGAAGGCACCCAGCAGUGGGAAGAUAUUUGUCAAUGUCUCGAAGCCGGAUCUUUGACGACGUCUGAUUUGGUUAACUUCAGCUGAAGCCGAUCACAGUGAACACCCACUCAUGGGUUUCUUUACAAUUCUCUCUCUUUUGGGGUCUUCCAGGGGGCCGUGCAGAACUGCGGGCUGAAACGAGGUGUUCAGGUUUCUGUGAAUGUGUUGUAUUAACAAUUUACCUCUGAUGUUCAAUUAAAUUAUGUAUUUUGUAAUUAUGUAACUACAUUUUUUUUUCUUCCAUGAAAUGUUACGUGUAUUCACAUGUAGAGCCCAUGCCCAGUUGAGGGGAAAAAAAAGAAUCUGACAUAUUCUUGUAGUUUUAGUAGUAGCAAGGGCAGUGACAGCCUGUGGAUAUAGAGGUUUUCACUGAUUCUUCAAUAUAAUACAAGUUCAAUACAAGAUAACAUUCAGCCUUGCCUGCUGAUAGUACAGGGGUUCUACGAGGAGUGAGGCUGUAGUCUUAUCACAUCACACCCCAAUUGUACAAUCAUGCUUUUUGGUUUUUAUUUAAUUUAUUAGGGGAUAAUUGGAAGUAGUAAAAUGGCCCUUUAUUUAUUCACCUGCAGCUUUUUAAACCUAUAUAUAUAUGGGAAGUAUUCAGAGGUUGUUUUAUAUAUGAAAUUGGAUUUGGUACAUGCAGAAUUUCAUUCAUUUUGCUGAGAAGCAAAAAUGUUUUGAGACACAGAAGACCUAUAAAAAAAAAAAAAACUAAAAGAAAGCAAAUGUGACACCCCCCUAAUGAAUAAAAACAAAAAGCAAACGGCAGCUAACCGAAAGAAAAAAGAAUCUGUUUCAUAUGGUUAAGAAGGAAUUAUUUUAUGCUGUCCAAUCUUUUUAGUUGUGUUUUGUAUAUUUGUAAUGAGUCUAUGUGUGAGGGGGUAGGUUAUUCUCUAAUCAGUAGCUGCUACUCAGAUAAUUGCAUUUUCAAUAUUUAUGUACUGUGCUUUUACUACCAUUUAAGCAUUUUAGUUACCUGUCUAACAAAAUGGCUUUGGGCAGCACUUUAUUAUGUAUUAAGCAUGGUUGUGUGGCUUUUACUAGAAGCCACCUGGAUUCACUAGAUAGCCUUAGAUCAGUUUGAUUUCACUAUUGUAACUUAUGAUGAUGUAAAUACUAUACCUUGUUUUGGAGGUUCAGAACUGUGUAACCAUCACUGUACUUGAAACACUGAAAAGGUACUGCAAGGUGCAGUAAUGGCAGAGUGAAGCAAACUCCAUUGCUCUUUUCUGAACCUUUUUUAUACACUAUGCUAUGACAUCAUAAACUGGCAGCCAGAAGAAGGAACAUUUAGAUUGAUACGAUCAUUUAGAAUCGUAAAUACUGUAAAUACAUGUGCUACAUGUAACUUAUGACUGAGCAAUUGCUUAUAUAAAUAUUUGCUUUGAUUGUGCUUUUCCAGGUUAAUGACUUCUGUAUCUCAAAGCAUACUUUUUAAAUAAGGACAAAGAUCACUGACUAAUUUAGAAAAAAGCAACUGCUCCACCAAAUACACACGUCAUAAAAGGGAGGUUACAAAGUGUUUUGUUCUUGUGCGCUUUUAUUAGAUUAAAUGUAAAGUACAGUAAUUUAUUAGGCAUUUCUGUGGGGUUUUUUUUGGAAGCUUAUUUUUUUUAAUUUUUAAAUUGAUUUAAUAAAUGUCAGAAGUUAAACCUGUAGGUUUGUUAUUUUAAAAGUUGCAUUGGAGUAUUCAAUAUUAUUUUAACAUGUUGGUACAUUCGUCUUAGUGAUUAAAUGAUUUAAUUGUCACUAUAUUUUUCAAAUGCAUUUUGAAAGUGAAUCAUAGGUAAAGAUUAAGUCCAGUCAUUGCAAUGUGCCAAAGAUGCUUCAUUUAUUAUUAUUAUUAUUAUUAUUAUUAUUAUUAUUAUUAUUAUUAUUAUUGUUUGGUUUAUGUACUUUAAUUAGAAGUAACUGUCACAGCAGAUGAAUAUAAUAUUUAACUGAUCAAGCAUGGCAUGACAAAAAUAACAUAAAAAGGGACAUAUUUUGAAGGUUAAAUAAUCAGACUGUGCUAUUUAAAGGUGUUUUUCCAGGUGCAUCAAAUAAUUGUGACGCACCUAACGGAUUGUUAUCCUACUUUAUUUUUUAUCCUACAUUUUUGUGUAUUUCUUUUUGGUAUUUUAGUUUACAUAUUUAUUUUAUAUUGUUAUUGUUCUUGGCACUGCAAUGAAGUUCUGUUGAGGAGAGUGUUACUUGGUCGUCUUAGGCUUUUAAUAGAGUACUGCAGCCAAAAAAAAAAACAAAAAACAGACAAGUUUCUAAGUUUGAAUGUCCAGUAGCUAAAUAUUUUUCUUUGAACAAGACAGACACAGACAGAGAGAAGCAUCUGAGACAGCCCCUGACUCCAUUACAGAAGUAGCCUUAUUAUGUUACAGGAGGUAAUGCAAGCACAUCUUGAGUGCCCCCUUCAAUGGUGCCUUUUUGUGUCUGCC